AUGACUCUAUCAAAGAUAACCCCAUGCCUCUGGUUCGACGGCCAAGCAGAAGAAGCCGCCAAAUUCUACAUCUCCAUCUUCCCGAAUUCAAAGAUCACAGCAAUCCAGCGCUACACCGAAGCCGGAAAAGAGUACCACGGUCGAGAGGCAGGCAGCGUAAUGGUUGUCGAAUUCGAAUUGAACGGACAGACUUUUACGGGAUUGAACGGUGGACCACACUUCAAAUUCACCGAGGCGAUCUCCUUCCAGGUCGACUGUGAGGAUCAAGACGAGGUCGACCACUACUGGAACCACUUGAAAGAGGGGGGCGAUGAAGCGAAACAGCAAUGCGGAUGGGUUGCCGAUAAGUUUGGGCUUUCGUGGCAGAUUAUCCCGAGACGGCUGAAGGAGAUGUUGAGUGAUUCGGAUUUGGAGCGGAAAUCCCGCGUGACGAACGAGAUGAUGAAGAUGAGGAAAUUGGACGUCGCGCUUCUUGAGAAAGCUUAUGAGCGGGCGUAG